GAGAUCUCAAGCCUUCGCGCUCUCUGUGAGGAUGCGGAGGAUAGACGCCACGAGGCACUCCUGGCAGGUGUGCUGGGCGAAGCAGCCGCUUUGCACGUUCGCCUGCUACAGUUUCGGGAAGCACACGCGAAGCUGGCAGAGUGUCUCCAGCUUUCGCCAGAGUCCCAGGCCGCUAAGUCGCUCGCCCGAGACUGUGCGAUUGCGCUCGGCAGUCGAGCGGAGGAUGUGCUUGGAAUGGGUCCGCGAAUCUCUUGGAAGGAGGUGACAUCCGUGUCAGCGGAGCUGAAGGAGAGGUUGCAGGGUGCCGGCUACACGCAAGAGAGCCUUCCCAAGGCCGCCGGACUGCCCUCCAUGCUGCAUUUCGUCUCCAACAGAGGAGAAUCGCUGGCGAAUGCUCUGCAGGCACGGGUGCGCAUUGGAGAUGUGUCGCAAGACCUGGUGGAUCUUGUUCGUUUGUUUCUUCUUCGCCGGCUGCUUCCGCUACAACGGGUGGUUGCCCUUCUUGGGGAGGAGAUCACCUCAGCCUUCCUGCGGCUGCAAGCCUUCUGUCUUAUCGUGGGCCCGAACUCCCGGGUCUGCUCGGAAUCGGAAGCUGCUGAGAUGCUAUCAACUGAGUCGCACAAGGCCGACCUGGAGCUUUUCUCUGCGAUUGCGCUUUGGCCUGUGGAGGAGGAUCUACUCAUCGCGACAGACUACGGCGAUACACAGCAUUCUGCACAUUUUGAGCCGGUGAUGUACCUGUCCUUGGACUCCUACGCCUUGGUCGCAGCAGCUCCCCGUGAGCCUGUACAGCGAGUCCUGGACGUCUGCUGUGGCAGCGGUGUGCAGGGCAUCGUGGCUUUGAGAACUUAUGCAGAGCGGGCUACAUUUGUGGACAUCAACCCCAGAUGCCUCACCUUCACACGUUUCAAUGCUGCAUUGAACGGCUUCUAUGAGCGAGCAUCUUUCAUCCAGGGAAGUGUGGACACCUUGAAUGACUUGGACUUGUUUCAG